GUCUUAGUUCAUUCCCAAAAGGAGUCAUAAGUACCCUGAGUGGGUGGUCAUUGCUGAGGCAGGUAAGUGGUUGCCCUCACCUUCACUCAGGUACACUGAUGUAUUUCAUUCCUUCCCUGUGUGAGAGCCUGCCUGGGCUGCACGCUGCUGGGGGCACUUGAGCUGGGCCUUUGUUCUGUGUUCCUGCAGGCUGUCUCCUGUGGUGGGCUGGUGUUUCAUUCAGGACUGAUCCUCUUCCUUCUGAAGGAGGCAGAACAGCUGUGUCUUAACUUAGUUAGAACACAUUAUUGGCAGUGCAGCAAAAAAUAAUUGCACAGGAAGAAGCAAUGGCAUCAGAGGAGCCCACCGCCUGCUCCUCCCUUACAGACCAAACCAGCUGGGAGUUCCAUAACCUACUGAACAUGCUGGGGAUGCAGAACGGCGAGCUGCUGGUGAUGGAGAUGAAGGAUGUCCAUGUGAGAACCCCCUCAGUGCUGCUGGAUUUUGCUCAAGACCUGUUCAGUGCAGGUGAUGGGAGGACUGAACUACAGCAGGUAGAGGAAAAAGAGGAAGAGAAAGAGGUUCAACCGCAUCUGGUUUUUAUGGUUUGGCAAGCCACCACUUUGAAGCAGCUCAUGCAGUGGGAUUACGUGGAUGAGACCCUCUUUAAUAUAAGGAACCUGUUCACAUGCAUGCCAGCUGUGCUGGUGCUGGUGGUGAUCCAUUCAGGCCCCCAGGAGGAGCUGUCCCGGGCAGUGGAAGCACUCAGGAGGAUGCAGUGUCUGUUGGAUGGCGCUUUCCAGAAGCUGGUGGUGGAGGCAGCGGUCUACAAGACAGGCCAGCCCGAUGGCAUCCUGGAGGUCAAGAGAGCUGCGUGUAGAGCACUAAGAGAAGUCUUUAAUUACCAAGAAGAUGGCAGCUCACUGAAUCCCAUUUCUGCUCAUCUGGGUCAAACCAGCCCCCAGCAGUCGAUCACUGUCCUCAGCCUGAGCAUGUGCCACGUGAGGUAUCACAGAUGACUUGCGAACAAAUUCCUGUAGACAGCAGGAUUUGGUCCUGUAUCCACCUAAAAUCUGUUAUGGAGAGAAUUAUUAAAACCUUGUCUUUAUUUGA